UACUUUGAUUUUAAAGAAAUAACAUACCUUUACCUAUAUACUUUAUUGAUUUUCGUUAUUACAUAAAUAGUUCAUUAUAUUCGUCUUCCGUUAUUUCUUCAGGCACGUCAUCACAAUCUGUUUCGUCUUCAUCAUCUGUGUUACCCUCAUCCAUAAAUAAACAGCCAUCUUCUGAUUCGACCAGAUUAUUUGAAAUACUGCAUUUUUUGAAUGAUUUUCUAACCAUCUCAGGCUUAAUUUCAUCCCAUGCUUUUAAUAUCCAUUCGCACACUGUUNCUAUACAUGACUGGAUGUGUGAUUUUAUACAGAAACAUCAAUGUAGUUGUUGUUGAGGGAGGUCCUAAUCAGCAAAAAAAGUUUAAACGCCUCAUGCUUCAAAGGAUUAAAUGGAAUGAAGAAGAUUCUCGAGAUGGAAAUGAUCAUGGAAAUAAAGUAGAAAACAAAUGUAUGCUUGUAUGGGAAGGCACAGUAACACAGCGUAGUUUUGGAGACAUAAUGUUCAAGUUGUGUCCGACAGAGACUUUUGCAAGAGAGUUUUUCAAAAAGAGAGGUGUGGAACAUUACUGGGAUUUAGUUUAUGGAACAUCCAUUCUUGAAGCUGCAGAAGAUGCUUAGUCUUCUAACCCAUAACUUGACUUUUUACCUUUUAAAACAUUCUUUUUUGUUGUAAAAAAAAAAAAAAGGUUUAUUGUAAAUUGUGUUUAGUAUCAAGGUUUAUAAAAAUAUUGAACAGAGA